AUGCCACACAUGUUCAGCAAAUCAAAGAAAGAGCAGUCGCCAAACGAGACUUCCCACAGUAAGUCUGGUGACUCACUCACCGGAGCAGCAGAGUCAAACAACCUUCACCUUCUACGAGAUCAAUCAGAGCAAGGGUUGUGGCAGCAGGCAUGGGAGCAAGUAAAGUCUGAGAAGGCAGAUUUGGUGAAAAAGCUGCCCCGGGAAUUCCAGCAUCUAGAGUACUGGACAACUAGCAAUGAAGUGGAAUACCUGAGGAAGGAAGCCCAACGUCGCCGUGACGAGCAACAUGACAAUGAGCGCAAGAUUGGCGGAGGGAAACGAACUUAUCGUGAGGUCUGUGACAAAGUCGCCAAUUGCGCCCAGAAAUUUCAAAUCGUGGGAGAUCUUGUUGUUCAAGCUGAGCCGGUGUAUGCUGCUCUUCCUUGGGCAUGCGUUCGCUUUUUCAUCAACUGUGCCGUUGGCGAAAGCGCCACAUAUGCGCUGAUGUUGGAGACCACCGAAGAAGUUUCGGAGUAUAUCGCCCAAUACCCUGUCAUCGAGCAGACCUACGCCAAAAUUGACUCGGAAUUGUCAAGUGCAUUGCGAAAAUCAUUGCUCAAAUUGUACAAGGUCAUCCUUCAAUUUCAAGUAGAGGCGCUAAGUUACUUCGAUUCGGACCACAAGGUGUGGCGCACGCUUGCCGGCCUCAAUCCUGUCAAGACUGAAGACAUCAAGCAACGUCAUGCAGCGAUUGAGAAGGCUAAGGGGCGAGUGGACGACGAUAUAGCUCUGGUCGAUGCUCAGGUCACAAAGAGUGGCAUCGAUAACCUCGAAGUCGGCCAAACAGGACAGAGAGAGCAGCUUGAGACGAUCAAGCAGACUUUAAAAGCUUUAUCGGGAGAGACAGGAUCUGUUAUCGAAGAACAGAGAGCCCUGCUUUCAGACGCUGAUGCGAGACAGCAGGAGCGCAACGAUGUCCUUGUGGGAAUGUGGAAAGAGCCACUUGACGACCUCAAGGCCAAACUUGAGCAAGAGGAAAUCGCGAGAGAGAAACAGAAUCUGCUUGAGGUUCGAAGAUGGCUUUCUCCCGUUGAGCCUGAGCAAAACUAUGCUGAGGCUAGAGAGAAGCGCAAGUUAUCGUUAGGAGAUUGGCUGGUGGAGCACGACAAAUUUAUGAACUGGCAAAUCUCUGAUGCAUCAUCACUUCUCUGGCUUCAUGGAUUUGCUGGUACUGGGAAAACGGGGCUUGUUUGUCGCGUCAUCGAAGAUUUCCGUAUUCGUCUCGAUCAGGAGAAAGCAGGACAGGAGCCUUUUCGGAUUGCAUACUUCUUCUGCUCAAACGACAAAGGAGGAACUGGCCUUGAAGCGACUACAAGGGCAGACCCUGAAGCAGCUCUAAGAAGCAUAGUGAGUCAGCUUUCUACGUCUCGGAAAGGCAGGAGCGUGGCUUCGAUCGUACAGGAGAAGUUCGACCUUUACGGUCCUCAUGGCGACAAACAGAGGGCAUUGACGUACGCAGAUUGUGCUGAGAUCAUCCUAACAAUCUCAAGACAGGCAGCAGUCGUCAUAGUGUUAGACGCUUUCGACGAGUGCGAUCAGGACAAAAGUCCAAAACUAGUGCAGCAGCUCAAGGAAAUUCUUCGUCAGAAUCCCGAGAAAAUCAAAGUGUUCAUUUCUACCCGACCUUUCCCUGCAAUCGAGAACGAAUUAAUACCAGAGGACUCAAUCGAGGUGACAGCAGAUAACAAUGGCAAAGAUGUCUCUACAUUCAUCAAGGACACACUCAUGGCGCGCAUUAAGGAUAAAGACCUUCUAGACGGACAUGUUUCCCCAGAAUUAGAGUCGGAAAUAGAGAGCACUCUCACUGCUCGUGCCCGCAAUAUGUUUCUCUACGCCAGUCUCCUGCUGAAUCAAAUAUGCGACAAAAAUCAUCUAGUCGAUGAAGAGAGCAUACGCAGAAAGCUUACUGAACUGCCGAAAACCUUGACCGACGUCUACACUGGCGUCAUGGCGGAGAUUCACGACGACAACAGUAAUUCUGAGCGCAGCUGCCAGAUCGCACAGGAUACCUUUAAGUGGCUUCUGUAUGCGCAGGAAACUCUGACACCUGAAGCACUACUCGAAGCCAUCUCUCCUCCUGAACGCAAAGCUGAUCGUGACGAGAUGUUGAGGGCCUGUAGGAACCUGGUUGUCUUAGGGUCGCAGUCUUUUGAAUUUGCCCACUACUCUGUCCGGGAGCAUGCUCGGCAAAUAUCGAAAUAUAGUUCUAGCCAGUGCCAUGUUGUGGCUACGAAGAGCUGCCUCAGGAUUCUGAACAAGACCUUUGGCGCUGGCAUGUCUAGAGACGAAUUGACGAGCCCGGAAAGAUCUUUCGAGCAGUAUGCUUUGCUUUAUUGGCCGCUACACUAUGAAGGAAUCGAUAAAAAGGAUAAAGAAGAGCAUCGGACAGCUAUCAAUACCAUGCUUCGUACCUUCCUUCUUCAAGGCCGCAGUAGGAAGCAUAAGUACCAACAUUGGUUUGACGAGGCUUAUGAGAAAGUCAAGCCUUUGAAGAACAAUAGAUACCUGGCUUCUAAAUUUGAAGCCAUUCGAUCAUCACCUUCAACCCCACUAUUCGCCGCUUGCGUGUUUGGGUUGGAGGAUCUCAUCGCUAAAUUCGGGCGAGAAUUACAUGAGCUGAACAAUUACAAUGACCAAGGCCAAACAGCCCUUUGCCUGGCCAUCGAAAACAACAAGCUGGAAGCCGUCAAAGCACUGCUUUCUAGCCGAUUCCCGGCUGAUAUCAAUUUAUUGAACGUGAAAGCUGUUCAACAAUUCGAAGACUCGAAAGCCGACAUAGUAGUGAAAGGGCCUACUAUCUACGCUUCAGCCCUGCAGUGUGCAGCUGCGACGGGAAGGCUGGAGAUCGCAGAGUACCUCAUUACAAAAGGAGCGCACGUUGAUCUUGUGGCUGGCUACUACGGAAGUCCGUUGCAAGCUGCCGCCGGGGAAGGUCAUGCUCAGAUGGUAGAAUUGCUUCUGAAAAAAGGAGCAGAGCCUAAUAGUCAGGGUGGAUUCCAUGGCAAUGCUCUCCAGGCAGCGGCUGCCGCCGGUCACAGUCAUAUUCUUAAUAUCCUACUUGAGAAUAAGCCUCCCGCUCUUGUGAACGUACCUGGAGGUCCGUGUGGUUCUGCUCUUACAGCAGCGGUCUUUUCAGGAAAUAGCGACACCGUUUUUGCGCUUCUAGAGGAGAAAGCCAAUGCCAGUGCAAGACAUAAAACCCACGGCACUGCUCUUGAGGCAGCUGCGCUAUCGGCACACAGGAAUCUUGUUAGCUACAGGGAGAUUGUCAAGGACUUGCUGGAGUUUCAUGCGGAGGCGGAUCUAUCGCCUAAGGGAGAUGACGUUCACAUUCUGCAUCGUGCCGCGUCUAAGAAUCUGCCAGAGCUAGCGGAGUAUUGUAUCGAUCGCGGAUGCCAGGUCGACAUGAUUACGACCAAAGGACCCCGCUACCAUAAAAGAUUUGGUGAAUUCCCGAGCGAGAUGACACCACUCGCCUUCGCAUGUGCUGAGGGCCAUGUAGAGGCCACAAAGUUCCUCCUUAGUCGUGGAAGCUCUAUUGAGCGUACGAAAGAUCCCUCCGCAGUCCUUUGGACUGCUGCUUAUCAAGGCCACGCUGAGGUCGUUGACCUGCUAAUAAAACAGUUUAAGUCUACGCACAACGAAAAGGAAACGGCAGAGUUCAUCGCUCAACGUCCUUAUCCAAAGAGUGGCCAUCCAAUACUGUGGGCGGCCGCUUCAUCUAGAGAUCCUCACACUGUUCGAGUACUUCUCGAUCACGGUGCUACCUAUGAACCUAAUUGGUUUAAUGCGUCCCCACUCCUUGCUACUGCAACCUAUGCAGCGCCUGAAGUAACCGAACUACUCCUCCAAUAUCACAGAGAGGGCAAGGUGGACGUCGAUGUUAAUAAACAUGCGAAUAAUGGGAGGACUGCGGUGUGGGAAGCGUGCGCACUAAAUCGGUUCAACGUUGCAAUACAAUUACUCUUCGCAGGCGCAGAUUACACGAUCAAUGACGACCAAGACGCUACAACCCUAAUUACUGCAUCGGCUCAUGACGAUCCCCGCCUUUUUUGGAGGCUCAUGCGACAUGCGUCCUCACGGAUGGAUCGUUCUCGUUUCCUUGAAUUUCUAAACCACCAGCCCAAAUCGGCGAAAACAGCCAUGAUUGAGUGUGCAGAGAGAAAUAGGCUCCCGCAGCUUAAUUUACUCCUCGAACAAGGAGCUGAUUACACGCUCACGGGGCACGCCGGUAAUACACCUUUGCAUUGGGCAAGUCGUCAAGGAUUCGAUGAAGCUGUGGGAAUACUCCUGCAGCGAGCCUCGAAAGACGGUCAAGAGCGCUUUACAAAAUUCAUCAAUCAAAGAAAUAGGGAAGGAAAGACGGCACUGUGGGAGACAGCUAUAGCCGAUCAGGUGCUCACGAUGCAGGCCCUAAUCGAGGCAGGGGCAGAUUACUCAAUUCCAAACAACAAUGAGGUCACAAUACUUCACGAUGCCAGCCUCAAAGGUAGAAGAGACCAGGUCAGAUUGUUACUGGCAUUAGAAAAAGAGGACAUGAAUCAGGAACGGUUCAAUAACUUUCUCAAUCACCGCAAUAGUGGUGGAAAGACCGCCCUUUGGGACGCAGUAGAUGGAGAUCGACCGAUCAUUGUUGAUCUCUUGCUACAGCACGGUAUAGACUAUACCAUUCCAAACAAGAACAACGUCACUGCAUUACAUCACGCCAGCUUUCGAGGGCGGUCGCACCUAGUGACAGUAAUUCUAGUGAAGGCAUCCAAAGACCCUGACCAAGAACGCUUCAGGAGCUUCCUCAACGCCCAGAACAGUCUCUGGAAAACGGCCCUUUGGGAUGCCGUAGAUGCCAAUCGACUACUCGUGAUCCAAAUUCUCCUGCACUACGGGGCAGAUUACACAAUCCCGCGCGAUUGGGGCGUCACCCCGCUCCACCACGCGAGCUUCCGAGGCAGCAACGACAUCGCAGUCGAGCUGCUCACAAAAGCGGAGAAAGAAUUAGACGAACACCGCUUCCACGCUUUCCUCAACUACCGCAACAAUGGCUACAAAACCCCGCUCUUCGACGCCGCAGACGCAAAUCGUCCUACCACAGUCAAACUCCUUCUCGAUCAUGGCGCAGACUACACGAUCCCCAGAGACAAUGAAACCACAGCCCUCCACUGCGCCAGCUACAAAGGCUACAAAGACGUCGUGGUCGACGUCCUCACCGCUAUGUUGAAGGAUCCAGACAAAGCUCGCGCCCGCGCGUUCCUCAACCACCGCAACGACCAAGGAAAAACCGCCCUCUUCGACGCCGUAGACACCAGUGCCCGUGAAAUCUCAAAGAUCCUCUUGGACCAAGGCGCCGAUUACACCAUACCGCGCAAACACGACGUGACGACCCUGCACUCCGCCUGUUCGCGCGGCAGCAUCAGCGUCGUGAGCGAGCUCCUCGCCGCCGGCGCUCGAGACCCUGAUCAUGCCCGUUUCAGAACCUUUCUCAAUCAGCGCAACCAUUUGGGCAAGACUGCCCUCAUGGACGCCGCAGAACGGAAUCAGGCCGAUAUCGUAAGCAUGCUGCUGGAAAAGGGCGCGGAUUGGAGUCUAGGCGACAAGGACGACCGUACGGCGUUGCAUUUCUGUGCGUCGAAGAAUCAUAUGGCGAGUGUGAAUGCGCUACUGGGGUUCGUGGCUGAGAGUUGGGAGGUGACGAAUGGAGGCACGGAGGGCGCGGACAGGUUUCGGGCCUUUUUGGAGAGGAAGGGGGGAGUGCUAGGGGGAGGAGGGAAGGUCUGCUGUGGAAGAAUCGAGGAGGAAGGGGUAUAA